CAGAAAGAACAGUAAAAAUGCAGGCAGGGCACAGGACAAAGCAAUAGGGACAAAAUUGUAUUGAGUGAAUGUCACUUUUAAAAUUUUUUAAUUUCCUACCGGUUCCAUCCCCCGUACGUCCUGACACUCACAGGGAACGGAAUGCUGGCAUCAGCCAGAGGAGAUGGCCGGGGACGCUGCAGGGGGGACAUCACGGGAGCGAAGGACAAGGUAAGUGAUCGAGGGAAUCCCUGAGCAAUGCUGCAGGGUAAUCCCGAGUGUAGCUCGGGGUUACCGCUUUUGGU